AUGGAGAAGAUCUCCUCCUUCUCUGGCCUGCUAGAGGAGAUCAUAACCAAGCCACAAGGCUCGCCUUGUUUUUCUCUACGGGCAGAGCUAGACAGGCCCCGUGCCAAACGAGAGAGGGCAUAUUGGAAGUUCCAGUGCCAAGCAACAGGAGUUGGAGAUCCAGAGGGCGAGGAUGAAGAUGAGAAUGGUCAUGGCGGGCAGGAGAUAAGCCUGACUAGGCUCCAUCGCAUUGAACAUGUGCUUUGUGUUGAUCCAAACGAUUUGAUGUAG